AAUGUCGCUUGAAGGGUACACUGGUAACUAGAUCGUAAAAUUUUAUUUUAUGCGAGAAAUUUCAAAAUGUAAAAAUCCGUACAACACACGAAAAUAUACAAAUUGUCCAAAGUAGGGUACUUUCAGUUACGAUUUUUAUUAGAUUAAAUUGAAAUCUCUAUUUGAAUUUUACAUAUGGCUUUAGCUAUGUCCAUAAAAAUGUAUGUACAUUUGAUAGCUAUAACGAAUCAAAUUUCAACAGCUUGAAGAUAAAAAUAGGUACCACGGUAUAACAUUCGACAAACUUAACACACUGCUUCUUCUUUAUUCCUUUCCUCCCCGAUUUUCUCGCGGAUCUAAGAACUACCGAUAUAAAAUUUUGGUUGGUCGUUUCUCCUCCAAGCGUUCUUUUGUGGCUUGGGCCAUUGCCAUUCCAACAAGACCAUGAACGAGAGGGAAGAAAAAGGCCAGCGAUAUACGAAGGCUUGCUGACUCGGAAAACUUUUCGUCUCCCGCGCGUAUUGAAACAGUAAUGAUAUGGGAAGAAGUCGGUGGGAUAACGAAAUGAAAACACGUGCUGAACAUCCGAAAAUCGUCCAACUUGCCGGUAAGUUGCGUCGGUGCCGUUUACGCGUUAUAGUGUUUCCGCCUGGGGAACGAUAUAGACGCUGUGUGCCGGAACUUUUACCAUAUGGUCGAAAUAAAAAUCAACCGAGGGAUAAUUAACUGUGUAAAUAGUCGCAAAUACGCAACUUCGUUACUGGACUUUUUGUACAUGGUUGACACGUUCACUGCCACGGUGUACAUCAGUGACAAACGUUUUAUUAAAUUUAGAAUAAUUGAAUUAAGAUAAAUUUCCGUGGAUUGAAAAAUUGUCGGCAAUGUGAAAAUUGAGAAAAACUGCGCAAUAUAAUAUUGUAUUAUUAUAUGAUAUAAUAUUUGUGAAAAAUAAAUGUUAUGGCGUAGUAUAUUUCAAUCUAUUGCGGCUCCGCGGAUAAACAUAAACUUCGCGUGUAAUAUGUAUAUAUACAAUAAAAAUACAUGAACUUCUUGAAGGAAAUUCACAAACCGUCCUUCAUGAGUAAGAGAUAUAUAGGUAAACACGUGACUGAAUCGAGAGAAAAAAUUUAAUUUUAUAAGAUUUCAAUCUUCUAUAAAAAAUUCAAUUCCGGUGACGUAUGCAGACACUGUGUGUUAAACGAUAAUUACAUACUUGAUUAGAAGAUUUGUUACGAGGAGGAAAAAAAUAAUUGUAAUUAUAAAUUACUAAUUAUUAUUUUUCAUUAAUUUGCAGACGACCAGCUUUCCCGUGUUUUUACUAUGACGGUUGAUUUUGGAUUGGGCAACUGCUUAGAUAUAUACGUAUAUCCUUGCAUAUUUUACACGAAACGUUCUUAUUCCAGCAGAGUAAAUAUACAUCUGCUAGAUGCUGUUUCUACAUCGCUUAAAAUAAAUACUAGUACCUAUACUGUUGAUAAUUCAAUGGAUCGUGUUCAACAAUUUUAAUCUGAGAAUAUUUAUAUCCGAAGCUAAUGUAAAAAUACCAUUAAUGUAUUAUCACAUACUUAUAUGUAUUGAUCAACGAAAUGAUCGUUUCAAUUUAUAGAAUAGCAGGCUCGUAACUAAACGUUAAGCGAUUAACCGUCACCAUCAUGAAAUCUCAGUCAGGAGCGAGCGUUGGUUCCCAUCAAGGAACUGGUACGUAGGUUUGUUAUCCUCUUUUGGUUCGUUCUACCCGCUUGCUUUUUAACGAACAUCAUUUCCGGCAGGAAAAAUAUUAUCCUCUGCCGUGGGCCGGCUUGUCACUGUUUCAUUGGAAAAUCGAUUCGGAAAACAUCGCCAUGGGGUGAAGGUAGCGGCGAGAUUACCCGGACAGCAGUGAAACGCAAAAGAUAAAACGUCGCGGCGAAUUUUCGGCCGUUGAAAGCCACGACGAGAACCGGCGGAAUGACAGGUCAUAUCUCGUUCUGCUUCUUAUUGUUCUUAACGGGCUGCUAUGAUUGCAUACUGCCGAGAACAAUAUCAUCGUUCUCAGUGGGUUACGAAGACAAUCCUUACUGCCACAUUUGCGCCAAUCACACCAUGUGCCAAUUUCCGCACGACACGGAUGGUACCAGAUGCGUGAACCUUCAGCAUACUGAUCUGAACGAGAAAGAUAUCGAGACCAUACUCGAUUGGCACAACGUUUAUCGCAACACUGUGGCGAACGGGGACGAGGAGCGAGGAAAUCCGGGCCCUCAACGUCCAGCAAAGUUCAUGAUGGAGCUGAUCUGGGAUGACGAACUUGCUCAUAUCGCGAGACGAUGGGUAGUACAGUGCAACCUUCUCGAGAAAGAUCAGUGCAGAGACGUUGGCAAGUUCAGAAAUAGUGACUCGAUUAGUGGUGAAACAGUAACUGAAAUAGCAGUAAUUUGCGGAAUUAAACGAUUCGGAGUGUGGCAGAACGUGCACGUGCUCGAUAUGUACAGCGUAGGAAACACGACGUCCACCGCGAGGAUUCGCUUUCAUAUUCAAUCAUGGUACGACGAAGUAGAAGAUUUCGAUUCUGCGGAAUUCGGAUUGGUGAAUUUCGCAGCGCGGAGCAACCUGUCUUACAUUCCGUUCGCGUCGUCGACAAUUAGGCAGAUCGGUUGCGGUCGUGCAAUUUACACGGGCAGGUCCGGGCAAUCGACAAGCAGUAGCACAGACACGCCAAUAGCCGGCCGUACAAUGGCAGUUGGAUUCGGGGAUCGCGUAGAGGCCCUCGUGUGCAAUUACGGCCCACUCGAUCGGAACACGGUAAGAGAACUGUACGAAGAUGGUGUGCCGGCUCUUUGUCCACCGGGAACGAUCCGCAGUUCACGAUACCGAGCCCUCUGUCAAAAGUUUCAGAAGCGACAGUCGCAAAAGGUGCAGCACAAGAUUCAACAGAAGCAAGAUAAAAGGAACGAUCGACCGAUGAGCAACGGGGCAUUCUUAAUCAAAUCCGCAAUUUAUCUUAUUCAACUGGUAUUAUUAUUGUUGUCGACGUAAUCGCCCACUUAUCGUCGUUCCCUGCUGUAGCACUAUCAAUAGAGCGUAUU